ACUCACACAAACAAAAGGUCUGAACAAGUCAUGGGAUUUCUUAGCAAGAGAAGCUUGUUGUAUGCCCUUUGUUGCCUAUGUUUGAACUUAGGUGUUGCCAGAGACACAAUUAGUUCUUUUCAAUCCCUCAAAGAUCCUGACUACAUAAUCUCCAAUGGGAAUGCUUUCAGACUGGGAUUCUUCAGCCCUGUAAAUUCUACCAAUCGCUACCUCGGAAUAUGGUAUAAUAAGAUUUCUGUGGUCACUUAUUUCAGUGUUGUAUGGGUAGCUAACAGAGAGAGACCCCUUAAGGAUUCUUCUGGGGUUCUUACUAUAGAUGAGGAUGGAAAUCUGGUACUAAAUGGACAGGCAGAGAUUCUGUGGUCAUCAAAUGUUUCAAAUUCUGUACCCAAUUCAAGUGCCACUCUGUUGGAUUCCGGUAACCUUGUCUUGCAAGGCGACACAACAGGAGCAAUUGUAUGGGAGAGUUUUCAACAUCCUUGUGAUACAGUCUUGCCAAGGAUGAAACUUAGUAACAAUUUAAGAACAAAUCAGAAAAUACAACUGACAUCAUGGAAGAGCCCUUCUGAUCCAUCCACUGGAAGAUUCUCGGCAGGCGUUAAUCCACAAAACAUUCCCCAAGGUUUCAUUUGGAAAGACGGUCAUCCAUAUUGGCGGACUGGUCCAUGGAAUGGUCAGUUCUUUACUGGAGCGCAGAGCUGGGUUCUAGAUUAUCAUAGGGGAUACACUUUAGUAUAUGAUAAAGAAGAGAUAGUUUAUUCAACCUUCGCUUAUGUGAACGAGCUAGGUUUGUCAAAACAUUUUUUGGAUUCACAAGGAAAUUUAAAGCAAUUACUUUGGGAUGAUGGGAAGGAGGAUUGGGAGGUUGUCGGGUUCGCUCUGGCAAAUGAAUGUGAUUUUUAUGGCACCUGUGGUGCAUUUGGAAGCUGUUAUGCGCUGAGUUCACCAAUCUGCAGUUGUUUGAAAGGGUUUGAGCCAAAGAUUGUUGAGGAAUGGAAUAGAGGUAAUUGGAUGAGUGGGUGUGUGAGGAGGACACCAUUGCAGUGUGAAAGGGUGAACAAUAGAAGUGAAGGAGGAGGAAAAGCAGAUUGGUUUUUGAAACUGGAGAUGGUCAAAGUGCCAGACUUUGCAGAGUGGUCAUAUCGAACUAAAGAUGAUUGUCGAAAGCAGUGCUUGGAGAACUGUUCUUGUGUAGCUUAUGCAUAUGAUACUGGCAUUGGUUGUAUGUCAUGGAGUGGAAACCUAAUUGACCUGCAAAAAUUCUCCACUGGUGGGUUAGAUAUAUAUAUUCGUUUGUCUUAUUUGGAAUUUGAAAACAAGAGAAAUUUGACAAUUACAGUGAUUAUUGGAGCAAUGGCCAUUCCCAGCACUGCAUACUUCUUUUGGAAAUGGAUGACUAAAAAAAGAGCAAAGAAAAAUAAAAGCAGGGAGAGUUUACCAUCCAAAAACCUGAACAAUGUUAAACUCCACGAGUUGCCAACUUUUAGUUUGGAAGAAUUGGCAACUGCAACAAACAACUUUCAUGUAGCUAAUAUGCUUGGUCGAGGUGGCUUUGGUAUAGUCUAUAAGGGAAAGUUGCAUGAUGGACAAGAAAUAGCAGUGAAAAAACUAUCAAGAUCCUCUGGACAAGGGCUUGAAGAAUUUAUGAAUGAGGUGUUUGUGAUCUCUAAGCUGCAACAUCGAAAUCUUGUAAGACUUCUUGGCUGCUGCAUUGAGGGAGAAGAGAAUAUGUUGAUCUAUGAAUAUAUGUCAAACAAAAGUUUGGACGCAAUUGUUUUUGAUCCACUCAACCAAAAACACCUUGAUUGGAAAAAACGCUUCAACAUUAUUGAAGGAAUUAGUAGAGGCCUGCUCUACCUUCAUAGGGAUUCAAGACUAAAGAUUAUUCAUAGGGAUCUAAAGGCAAGUAAUAUCUUGUUAGAUGAAGAGCUAAAUCCAAAAAUAUCGGACUUUGGAAUUGCCAGAGUUUUUACAGGCAGUGAAAAUCAAGCCAAUACUAAAAAGGUCAUCGGGACAUACGGAUAUAUGUCUCCUGAAUAUGCAAUGCAAGGCUUUUUCUCAGAGAAAUCAGACAUUUUUAGCUUUGGUGUGUUGUUACUUGAGAUUGUUAGUGGGAGAAAAACUACUUGCUUUUAUGAUGAUCAGCAAUACUACUUGAGCCUUGUAGGAUUUGCAUGGAAAUUGUGGAACGAUGACAACAUAAUGGCUUUGGUAGACCCAACAAUAUGGGAUCCUUGCAUUCAAAUGGAGAUGUUGAGAUGCAUACAUGUGGGACUGUUGUGUGUGCAAGAAUUGGCAAGAGACAGGCCAACUGUGUCGACUAUAAUUUCAAUGCUUAAUAGUGAGAUUCUGGAUCUACCCACUCCAAAGCAACUUGCAUUCACUGAAAGACAGAUUGCUUCAAAUGAAGAGCCUGCUCAACUAGGCGAGAUAAAGUCCUCCAGUUGCAAUACCACUAUCACAACGGUUUAUGCUAGAUAGGAAGAAAGUGCUUGAGAUAGCAUUCCCUUUGUUUAGCAUCUUUAAGGAUGCAAACCGUACUCUCUUU